CAUGACCGUUGUCGCUUCUUCCUGGUGCAGGAAUCAUCCGUGGUAUGUGACGAGCCAGGCACUCAACGAAGACCAAUUUAAUCAACGACAACUAAACCAAAAAAAAAGAAAACAACACUGAAGGAAAAGGGCACAUUUCUGAAGAUUUGUUUCGUGAGGAUUCUAGUUUGCGGCAGCAGAGAGCGCACAAGCCGUGAGUUCGCGUUGUUGCAAGUAAAGCUCGCUUACUGUCCUUCGUUUCUGUCGCUGGACCGUGUGCAUGUUGUGAUUCGCCCCUUGCCUUAACAAACAACUUAACAAAAAUAUGACACAACAUAGCCGCAAGCAACCUUUGUCCAUUGCAUUCAUCGCGCUUUUAGCGGUCACGUUGCAUCAGAGCUUUGCUGCCACUGACGCCCCGCCCACGGCUGCCCCUCAAACCACGGCUCCGCCUCCUGCACCCCCGGCCCUGCCCGAGAGAGGCAACUACACUGUAACCAACGGCAAUGGGACCGCCUGUCUGAUGGCCCGCAUGGGACUGCAGCUCAAUGUCAGCUUCAGCUCUGCCUCUCUCAAUAAGACUGUGCUAGAGGUGGUGAACCUUCAGCCCAACCUGACUAGGAGCUCAGGGUCAUGUGACUUGGACAGCGCCACCCUACUGCUGAAUGCUGAUGAGAAUGAAACCAGCCUCACCCUCGUCUUCUCCCUGAAUGCCACGUCCAGUAAGUAUCACCUCAGUGGAGUGACCCUGUUGGCAGCCUGGCCGGACAUGCGUGUGCCCUUCUCAGCCAGUAACCGUAGUCUGGACUACCUGCGUGGUACCCUGGGGCGUAGUUACAUGUGUCGUGAGGAGCAGACUCUGGCUGUGACUCUCAACUUCUCUCUCAACACCUUCCAGCUGCAGGUGCAGCCCUUCGGCCUCAAAGGGGACCAGUUUGGAGCAGCGGAGGAGUGUCAGCUGGAUGAGGAUGACAUGUGGAUCCCCAUCAUCGUGGGCGCUGCACUGGCUGGCCUGGUCCUCGUCGUUCUCGUGGCCUACCUCAUCGGCAGGAAGAGGAGCCACGCUGGCUAUCAGACCAUCUAAAAUCACUUCCUAUCAACUGACCCCCCCCAAGGGCCAGAGAGCGCAAGCCCGCCCCAUCUCACCCUCCAGCUACUAACCACCUGGAUUGACUGAACCUCACUGCGACCCUUAAACUGAACUUUCCCCAAUUCAGUUGGACUCAUCUUAGAAUCUUGCUGCCCCAUCCUCCCCUCUGAACUCUCACUAGCCCCACGUUGGGUAUCCGUGGGGUUGAUAUUCGCUUUCAGGACUGAACUGCUCCUUUGUAUGAAAACAAACAACAAAAAAGUGGGAAUCUGCUGAGAUUUGUAUUUACAUAACGAAACCCUCAUGACAGAGCUUUUCACGGAUCCACCUAUUAUCGAGACCUGAUCCAGAAUUCGAAAUAAUGUCAAGGGUUGAAUCUGAACUGAUUAUCACAGGUAGGCCUACAUGUAACUUUAAUUUACUUGUCCGGAAGAGCCCGUACAGAUCCAAACGCGACUGCUAUAGUAGAGAGAAAUGUAGUAAUUUAUGCUGCUGCUCUUUAUGCUGCUGCCACGAGAGUGGCGUUUGUUGUUGGCCAGUCAUAAGUUAACAAAGCUACAAUAGGUUAGUCAUAGACCCUUCCUGUGUGGCAAAAGUUAGGAUAUAUAUAAUUGCAAGUUAAAGGAGAGGGAUGGGCUACAACGACAAUAGUCUGGAGUUGUAAGUGUAGGAUGAAAAAGCAUAAGCACUGCAGCCUGUUAGCCUAGCUCGCUAAUAUCAGCUAGCUUAAUUAGCUUCUCCCGGUUUGAUACAGUCAAGCCCGGUACUACGUAAUCAUAUUUGAUAAAUAAUUUAGCCUAUGGCAGCUAUUGGUAGGUUGCUGUCUCAUCUCUCCCUCAUUCGCUCACAUUACUGCCCCUCCCCCACCUACUGGAGCGGCACCUCCCUCACAUGUUUUAUCGGCUUUAAAAAAGUGUUUUCUGUUGCUUCCCUCACUCGGAUCGGACCGGGGCUGGAUCUGACCAGGUCUAUACGGAACGGGUCUAGUGGUCUCUGGGUUCGUUCGGGAAUGCGUCUCUGACUAAAUUCAAAAAUUGUAUUUAUCCAUAUCGGGUUCGAGUAGGGAAAGGCCAGGUCCAUUUUGGACCCACGAAGACCUCUACUUGAGAGACACCAUCACUCAACAUGGUGGGGGUGGAGUUCUCAUAUAACCAUAUGCUGAAUAAUAAUCCACACUCUGCUAUGUGUAGCCUAGGGUUUCAUAUCAUGCUUACAUUUACUGGUGUUUAAUGACAGGAUUUCUGAGGGAUUGUUUGUGUACAACCAUUGCUGCUGCCGUUUAAUGGCUACUUCUCUGUUUUGGUUGGUGGCCAUUUUGUCAGUCACAACAUAAUAGGAGGCCGUUGUUACUCCUGUGUAAAGGGAAUAUUUUGACUGUUGCUGGUUGGU